ACUAUUCGCUUCUCCUCCCAUUUCCAUUUCAGCGGAGAGAUUCAAGAAAUCGCUUUUCUCGUCUGCGUUUCUGUUGAAGGUUUUCGCAGUUACAGUUCUCCCAUGGCUCCCUCAGCUCCGUCAAGCUCAGCCCCUGAAUUCCAAUUGCCCAAAAAACCCCUUGGUCUGUUCGCAAACGCACUGAAACGCAAGGAUAGCUUCAUUCAGUUCUUCGCCAUGACUGGUAUUAUGCUCUUAAGCGUCCGAUCUUUGGGUCAGAAGUACCGUAUCCACGACCUUCAAGAGGACACUUCGGCUCUCAAACAAGAACACGAAACCCUAAUUGACCGUAUGAAGAACAUAAAGCGCAGCCUCCUUCACGAGGCAUCCCUCGACCCCACCGGCUUCUUCGCAUCCAGGCUUCGUCUUCUCUUCAGCGAUGAAGAUUGACGGCUUUAAUUCUUCAAUCUGAUAAAGGAAUCCAUUUGCUUAAGAGUUGUAGCUGAUAGGAGAGCUGUUUGGACCCAUCUUUUCAAGUCAAAGACAUUGCUUAUUAAACCGAUUGUGCCCACAAACAAGCCAGAGGAUAACCGCCAAGGGCCCACGUCCAUGUUCAAGUGCUGGAUAAUUCUUAGAAAAAUCUCUCUAAGACUAACAUGGGACUCCCAGUCCCAACACCAAGAAUCGAUCUCGUAAUUCUUCUAAAAGUACCUAUUAAUAAAAGAGUUCACUUUGUUUCUGCCUUGUGCCCACAUGUUCUAGUGAUGCCUGCAUCAUUCUCCUUUUCUUGGAACAAAUUCCUCUAGAGUGCACCUUAUGGGACUUGAGCAUGGAAUGCCAAGUUUAUACCGAUUCAUGUAGGACAGAUGAACUAAUUCACUCAAAAGUUACAGUUGUCCUUCUGAUCACUUAUGAUCAAGUACGAUAGCAAUCACACUCUAAGCUUAUUCUGAUCGGUUUGGACCCAUCAAUUUAGAAGCGUCUCAUAUGAAUCAAUUGGGUGUCGGUGUACCCCAACAAGAGGGUGAAAAAGUUUUCGAAUGGCCCUCCCCAGGUGAUGGAUGGCAAUAUAUGGUUACUAGAGAAGCUACUUCAAACUUGUUAGAGCUGUUCAUUGAUUCUCUAGAGCUCAUCUAAAGCACCGAUCAGAUUUCUUAGUAUUUGGGGCCUUAAAAUAUUCCCAACUAAUUGCAUUCAAGGGAAGUCUGGCCAUCAAAGCUGUAGUACAAUGGCGAAAAAUUUUGACCCCUCUCUUGAGAAGAGGGUUUUUUUGUCUGAACCUUGUUUUUGAAGCGAUUUGUAGACAUAAUGAGCAUUUGAUUUGAAAAUAACUUUGCAUCUAUUGAGUUUAAAUCUAAGUGGCGCGUUAACUGGCACUGUU